AUGGGGAGCUCAGCCUCGUCUCUCACCGCAGAGACAGAGUCCGACCAUGGCUUCCGCAGCACCCCAUACCCGUCUUCACCCCCUGUCGGCUGGCUUAGGAACAGCCACAGCAGCCCAGUGUGGGGCACCACCUUCAUCACACGCCAGCAGCAGCACCCUCUGCCCCACAGAGAGCGCAGGUAAGAGCCAACACUUUUACCAGCUGGCUGCACCCUGGGCAAAAAGGGAAAGCGGUAAACUGUCCUGGCUUGACUUGUUGUUUGGGUAGUCAUACGAGGAUAGAAGUGUAGUUGUAUUACACCGCUAUGCUUUCAUUUAAAGCUUUGAGUGAACCAACUGGCAUGAGUUUAAGCCUCUUGAGCGUGAUGUGCACUUUGUCCUGAAGUGUUCAUCAGCAGUGUUGUUUUGAGAAAUUGACAGCUUUCCUUUUCACAGCCAAUUCGAAACGCUCGCUGCAGAUUCAAUAACCUCUCAGCAAUGGAUCAAAUCCUCUGUUUCAUCAAAGCUUAUCUAAUCAAAGCCUGUAUUUUGAUGCUUUUCUAUCAUGCACCAAAAAUCUGGCUAAGCCGGAUUUGUAAGGCAAAAAUCCCACCCUGUUGGUUCCUCCUUGCACAGCUGUACAGUAUGUGCUGUGAAUUACGCAGCGCUGAGUGGAUUGCCUGGACAGACGGACUGCCCUGACCUGUGUGAACCCAGUAUAAAAUAGCCUAAGGGUAAUUGAAGGAUGAGUUUUACAGACAUGCCUUUUAUUCUGCUUCAGAACAACUUUUGAGGCAAUGGUUGUCCUAGCAGCUUGUGCUUGGGCCCUUAAUUGAAAGCCAGGGUUGUUAAGCAGUCUUUAGUUCCAUUUACAUUGCCAGUUCCAUGCUGUCAAUGUAAAUGUCAUGAAGCCAUCUUAGCGAAACAAAGUUGUCCUGCCACUGAGCCAGCAACAGAGGUAGUAACAGACUCUAGUAACAGAAGCAAACAGGGCAGAACAGGGCUGUGUGUGUGUGCACAUCUGAGAGCGUGUGUGUUUGUGAGUGAAACUCAAACUCACAUUUUUCUGUAGAGAUUGCACCCCUUUUGCUUCUACACUCAUGUAAUACAAUGCCAAUUCAAACAUGGGGACCCCAGUGUUCAGCUGUGGCAGAUUUAUUGUAAGAAUACAGAGGCAGAGUAUUUUAAGUCAUUUGCCCCAUGUACAGCGAUCAUAGUCUGAAGUGGAUGGCCCUGGUUCAAUUCCAGCCUAUGGCCCCUUUCCCACUCUCUCUUUGUUUUCUGCCAUGUCUACUGUCCCAUUCUCUCCAAAUACAGACAUAAAAAGUCAGAGAAAUGUAAUUUAAAAAGUAUAAAGGUUUAGUAAUGGUGAUGCUGCAUCAUAGUGCUGUUGAAAGCCUGCAGUGUAAAAAGGGCUUUUGAGUGCAUCUUUGGUUUCAUUCACAUGUAUCGACCUCCUGCAGGAUAACAAGAUAGAAUUGAGGUUCUCCUAUUUGAAAGUCCUAAAAAGGGUUUUAGAGUCAAACAUCUAGUUAUAGUUUUUCUAAGAACACCCUUUUAUUGCACAUGUAGCAGCCAUGUAAUUGGGUGAGGAUUACUUCUUGCACAGAGAACUAUUUGUAGUAGAGCAAUGCUAUUCAUACACACUGUUUUGUCAGCAUUGACUGCAAGCAGAAAAUAUAUUCACUUACUGUAUCUACAAGAAAGUGUGUUCUGCACUGAUCCAUUGUUCCAGUUAGUGCUUUCUGAAUCACUGUCAACACAGUAAAAGGCCUGUCAGCGGUGUGUAAGAAGCUCAGUUUGAAUGUUUGCCGCUCAUCCAGCAGUCCUCACUGACUCUCUUCCAAAAGAUGAUCUUCUCAACCACCCGCACAGAAACUUGUUCAGAUGCGCGUCCAGUUUCCUUUCACCUUUUUUUGGGUCAUGUCUCCCAGAACGAGUACAAGGCGGUUGAUAUCGACCGCAUGUAGUGUAUUGAAGUAGUUGCUGAGUCACUCAGGGCAUCAUGGUCCAGUUGUUAGUUAUUGAUUUUCAGAGAGCGCGAUCACAUUUCCCCACAAAGGAUGUCAUUAUUUAUUCAACAUCGGUCUCCGGUCGAGCUUUCAUCUUUCUUGAUUCCUGUCAAUGCUUUCCUUGCAGUUGCACUACGUUUAACAGUUAAGGCUGUCACGGCUGCCAGUGAUAAGACUUGAAGAUAUACACAGCUGAUUUUUACCCUUGCUGAGCCACAGCUUCAUGCUUGAAUAAAACACAUGUAUAGAUUCACUCACUGUCAGGACAUCGUACACUUGUUAUUUUUAUGAGUUUCAGAUUUUAUUUUAUAGUAAAGAAUGUAUAACCCAAUGUAUAACCAACAAGGGCCAACAGACUUUUCUGUCGUACCUUUGCAUCAGACUUUCUUGUAGCAAUUUUUCCGGUCAUGAUUGGAAACGCUUGCUUGACAACAGAUUCUUAUAAUCCUCCUUCUUGGACAAAUUAACAUUAAACUGAAUGUUAAAACAUCCGAUAAAGCCUGCACAUUUGUUUUGAUUCAAAUCAAAAGGAGCACUUUCAGUAACGAUAGACAAGGUGAAUAUCAUAUUGACAUUUCUGUCCUCAUACAGCUCUCCUUGGAUUUGACAUGUCAGUAAUCACAAGCACUGCAUCACAUCUUUGAAUGCCAUCAUUAUUUCCACCUCUUACAAACCAGCCUGAGUUGGAAAACUUCCAUUUUUGCUACAAUAAUUCUCAGGGCUGCGAAACUCCUUUUCAAGAGGUUUCAAUCCAGUUUGAUCCUUGAUAGCUUAGAUCAAGUCAGUAAAAUAAAGAACAGUUUCGUCCGAUUUGAAUUGAUCCAGCAGGAAUUGAUUCAGUUCAAAGCAAACUCAAGUAAUUUGUUACGUAAUAUAACUGAGAAACAUUUAAGACAGUGUGUCUGUCUACCUUCAUCAGAUUUGCCAAGCCCUGCUAGCACUGAAAAUGUUGAUUUCCCAAGGUCCCAAAAUUCAAGUCAGUUAAAAAAGUAGACAGAAAACACUGUAUGGCAGCGCUUUGUGUGUCACAUUAGAAAAGUAAUACUUGUUGAAGAUGAAAACAUCUCCAAACAUUGUUUUAAUCCUCCUCAUAAUGUCUCUUAACAUUUAUACAUUGGUUGUUAUUGUCACUUGCUCUUCAUUUAAAAGUCCUUGUUUGAGUUCAGUCACAGUCAGUUUAAUUCUGUCUGCUUUGUGGCCUGUUACUCAGAUUAAACAUAUAAACCAUGUCACAAAGCCAUUACUCCAAAUCACACAGUUAGAUUGUAAACCUUGAUCGUAAACCUUGGCUUUAGCUGUCGUGAUUGCCAGUUGAGGCUGGGCAAAGUGUUAAAUAUUGGGGGCUGCUUGUGCUGCUGCUUGUUAAUGCCAGGAUGGUGUCACAGGUUUUGUCAUAGGGGUCCAAGAGGUGAAGUUGGUGUUGUAGCUGAUGUGAAUUAUCUCUUUUCUGCCAAGCAGGGAAGUUUUCCAUCUUUCAUAUUUAGUCCCUGUCACUUGGGUUCCGAAGUAGAGACUGUAAAUGGCUUCGCAGAUCUGAGAUGUUGUAAACUCUCUUACUGUGAGCUAACGCUACCUGACAUGCCGCUUAAGCUAACAUAACUCUCGUUUGAGUCUCAGGAGAUUGUAGUUACUGAGCAGUGUUUGCAGAAGAGACCGCGGUUAACUGGAUCAGAACUUUGAAACAGGGCUAUGGACCAAUCCAUAUGUAAUUUUUGCUGAUCAAGGGUGCUAAGUGCUUUGGUUUUUAAUGGUCUACAAAGUUUUUUCUUGCUGUGGACUAUGUGAGGGCCAGAUCAGGAACCAAGCUUCUUCUUUCCAGCUUGUUUUCAUAGACAUAGUUGCUUGUUUUCCCCUGUGAGACCUAUCAGCUAGGGCUGGGCGAUAUGGCCUCAAAUCAUUAUCUUGAUAUAUUGAGGAGUUCACCUCGAUAGCAAAAAAUGAACGAUAACUACUCCACAAGCUGUUCACCCCCUCCCACAUUAACUUCAUCUACUUCAGCUGCUACAAUUUUUGAACCGUCCUCCAUCUCCUCACCUGUCUUUCUCUCUUUGUAACGGACUGGAUGAGGUGGAGUCAAGUCUCCGACGUAGGACAGCAUCUUAGAGGGACAUGAGACCAUAGCCUACCUACACACAUCCAAAACCAACUUUUAUUUAUUAAUUUUUUUGACACUGAAUAUGCUGAUUUAGACAAAAUGACAUUAGUUAUUGCCGUAAAUUUUGGUAUUAAAAAUUCAGUUUAUCACCCAGCCCUAGACAUAGUAGCUUGUUUCCCCCUGUGAGACCUGGCAGCACUGAGCCAGAUCCAACAGAGGAUGGGUAGAGUCUAUAACAACCUGCAUAAGGGACAGAGACAUUAAGAUGUAAGACAUGGUGAUGUUUUCAUGUGUAAAAUCAUUGUAAACCAAGGCUUUGACUGGAUCCUUGUCAGAUCCUCCUUAAAUAGCAGACAGUCAAUCAGAAUUCACCACCUAUACUAUAGUAAACACAGAAUAUGCCGUUUCAGUCCACACAGACUCAUUUUCUGACAAAAGACGCUUUAGAGACACUGCAGUGGCACUUGCCCUCUUAUCUUACCCCAUCCCCUCUCCCUCACACACACUCACUCACAGUCUUCAGCGCAUAGAAGCACUGCUGUGUGAGCCUAACAAUGUUAGGCAAGCUUUGCUGAGCUGUGACAGAGCAUGAAAUGUAGAAACAACGGAACACCACGAGCAGGGCUUAACUCAUACAGUUUAUUCUUUACUUUAUCUUCACAUAAAACAUUUUCUUUCCAUUGUUUUCCUUUGCCUGCGGGCUGCUUGAACAGUCGUGUCCUUGUGCGAUUUCAAUUUGUUUUCAUCUGGCCGCGACCCAUUGACUUUGGGAAGUGUUUGUGCACAUGAAGCUGCACCUUGACUGUGAAGGUUCACUCUCGACAACAACAUGUGCAGUAGAGAAAGGAGGGGAAAUCUCAAUCUCUUCACCCAAAGCACAGAGCAGUUUUAUUCCAAUGCCAGUGUUGUUUGAGUUAACAAUGUGCCUCUGCCUUGUUUGAUCCCAGCCACACAGUUGCACAUGGCUUUUGGAGCCCUGAGCCCCUUUAAAGUGACUGUUUCCUCCCUCCAGAGUCGAUGUUAGCGUCUCCACUGCCUCAGCAUGAUGGAUGACAGUGUUUAUUGCUGCUCUAUUCCACCAGCUCGCCUCCCUUUAAUUGGAUUAAAACGGGUCCACUUGGAUUUGACCAGCAUGGUCAGUGGCCGUGUUUAUGUCUGAAUCAUUUCAGCACGUCCUCUCUGGCUGCGGCCCGUGUCUUGUGAAGACCAGAGCAGCGUCAGGACGGUACCCAAGCCUUCAGAAUAGAGUUGGCCCGCAGUCAGGCUUUGUCUCACAGUGAGGCUUUCUCUGGAAACAACAGCACUGAUGCUGCAAGACAAAGAAAAAAAGCUAGCCUAUUGGCACUGCAAUGACAUGAUACCAGAUUCCCCCACUCUUGUUGCCAUGGAAAUCUGUAGCAUAUGUUCAGUAACCUAAUUCACUGGGCCCUAGAUAAGACCACACAUGGUAACCUGGCAGUGACUUUAGCACGGAGAUGCCAUCCAACCUGCUGAUAAUUCAUGUAGUUGUUUAGAGAUGUCAGAUCGAAGCCAUUGAAGUGAAGGAGAAACCCGUCCUGCUCUUGUAAGCGAUUAAUGUGUGUCUCGUAUCGGGAAGUAGAACUCUUCUCCAUGCUCUCUGUAUGAGGAUUCCCCCUUAGGCUGAAAGGCAGUGCUGUGUCAGCAGAGGGUGGCGUGCCCGGAGGAACUGCGCUGAAGCACAGCGACAGCAGUGCCCUGCCCCUGACAUUUCUUCCUCUUCUUCGGCUCUCUUUUCCAGAGCUUUCCUGGCAGCUUCCUGCUUGCUCUGGCUUUUGCCCUGUGCAACUGAUGUCCACCAAAACCUGGUGAGACAGUUUGCUCUGUUUAAAGAUUCAAAUGUCUGAAACUGUCUCCCCUGUUGACGGACCCACUCGUCAAAAUUGGUUGUGCAAUAUUCACAUAGGGCAAAGCUUAGAGGUCAGAAACUACUGUUUUUCUUAGGUACUGAACUCCUUCCUUACUCGCACUUGCAAACUGUUGGUUCACAUCUAAUCUUGAUCAUUUUUCUGGGUUAAGAGGCCUUGAUUGCUGGUUUGAGAUCAUCAGGGCCAGGCUUGCAUAAUAAGAGCAACAACAGUAUUAUUCUUUCCUGAACUUUGCGCCCUACAAAUCAAAGCAAGAUCCAAGUUCUCCGGCGUGGAAUUACCCUGACACAUAACAGUUACACAACAUCACCUUUGUUUCCACUGUAUCACACCCUACUAGUUAUGUUCCAGAUUCAAAACAGGGGAUUAUUUGUUCAGUUUUUAAAUUGCUCUCACUGAGUAAUUUCAGUAAUGCUUACUGGAGGAAUGUCUUGACCUUGGGGCGCCUUCUCUUCAGACCUCCUGUGUACGGCUGGGUAAUAUAGGAAAAGUUUAUCACAGUAUUUUUUUUUAAUAGCAGUCAAUAUUGAUAUAUAUCACAAUAUAAAAAAAUCACUUCUUGAAUGUUCCCUGUUACUCUUAAAUGAAUUUAAACAGUGCUUAUUGGUAGCUUGUCUUUUUCAAUACAAUCAGCUACUGCAUCUGCGAGGUCUUUUUGUUUCUUUGACAUUUUGUCGUAAGGUGUUGUACUAGAGAAAGCGGACUGAAUGGUCAGCUGUUUCGACUGCACAGGCGCCAUGGGCUCCUUGCUCCGCUCGGGGUUUGUAACAUUUUGCAUUGUGCGUGCUCUGCUCCAGGUGGUGAAAGGUUUGAGGUAUUCCCGGACUUUGUAGGAAAAUGUACUUGACAUAAUUUGCAGUGCACAUUACUCUGCUUCAUGUCCAACCUCAAAAAAACAAAUACCUCCACACCACCGACGUUUUCGUCCCAGUGUUGUCAAUGAUGUCAUCAGCUGUUGAGCCUUUAUCUGCAUUUCUGCCGGGGGUAGCACUCAUUUCCUUUUAUUCUCAUGGACAGUGCUGUCAGCUUCACGUGUUAAAGUGCUAUGGUUGUGUGUAGCUGCAGCCUGCUACUACGCAGUUGCUUGAUACUUGGUUCUAAUUCAGCACAUGAUUGGUUCAGAGCGCAGAUCCGGAGCAACUCCCCUUUUCACUGGCUAUUCAUAUAGUUCACCAGAACACCAGAAUGCCGACAAUCGAAAAGCAUAUUGACCAUUUUUAUAUGGAUAUCGAGGGAAAUUAAUUUUCAAUAUAUAUCGUUACCGUUUUAUUGCCCAGCCCUACUUCUGUGUAAUAUACUGUAAUAUUUCAAGGCCCUUCUCUACCUUUUAUUGUGAGUCAUUUCUCAUUGCCUGAAACUUCCUCCAAUUAUCUUGUUGUUUUGUCCACAAUGACUAAAGCUUUGCUGUCAUCAAUCCCUUGUCUUACGUCAUCAAGUGUCAACAUGUCGCAGCAGUAACUCUUAAUCUGCCACUGAACUCCUGGCUCCAGAUACUCACUUGGAUAAGUAGCCUUCCCUGGCACGGCUUCAUGAUGUUUGUUGUAAGGAAUUAAGUCUGUUGAGGUGCCCGGGUUGAGUCAAGAGUCAUCGUCAUGCCACAACACAUUACCUGGAAACCAGGUAGGAAGGCAGUUCUAACAGUCCUCCCACAAGUCUUUGACCCUGACUCAUCAGCUCCUUAGAAAAGCAGGGAGGGACGUUUACUGGGGCAAAGCUGCUCAUAAGUGAUCCAGCUAGCAAAACAAAUCCUAACAAUGAAGUGAUAAACCUUUCUGCUGCACACAGACUGCAUUCAUUACUGAGAGGGUGAAAUAAAUUUCCAUUUGAGUUCCUCGAGUGUGUUAAAGAAUGUGUGACAGUGCUGAUCUAAUCCCACAACUGAAGUUUUUUUGGGUGUGUUCAGAUGCAGCAGCAUGUUUCAACACUCAUUAUUCUUUUCAUCACAGCCUCUCUGAUCCAAGGGCGUGCUGGCCUCUGAUAAUUCUGAUUUUUUUAAUAACACGUUCUGCUCUGUUUAACAAGAAUCACCACUCAGCUGGCAUCAUCGCUCCGUCUGCCAGAGAUGUUUGUCUGGAUGAAUAAAACACAUGAAAAGCAGAAAUGUCAACACUCUGAAAACCCAUGGUAAUGUCCUUGCAGCCUGAAGUUAUGGCAUCACUAUCUCUGUCUCUGUCGCAUCUCAGGUCGCAGCUAUGAAACAGGUUCAUCAUCAAGUGUGCAAUAACCGAGACAUUUGUCUAGCAUAAACAUUUUAUAAGCUACAGUAUCUGUGCCCCUGUUCUCACACAAAACUCAGCUUGUAAAUAUUUAUCACAGGAGUGACUCACUUUAUAUGAGUGAGUGUUUGUGUGGGAGUUGGUGGGACUACAUCUGGAGCCUGCCUCGCAAAGGGAGUUUCACACAGUCAGUUUAACUAGAUCUCCCAGCUUAGCGCAGCCUAUUAGUAGUUACCGAUUAUUGCUGAUGCUGGACUGGAGAGCAAGGUCAAACAACCAAAGAAAGAAUCCUCCAUGAAAUAAACAAGGUUAUCUAUCAACAAUUGAAGAGAAAACAUGUCAGAAGAUGGAUUUUUAUCCUGAAAUUUAAUUGCCUUGGGAUAAAACAGGAUAGUGGUAAAAGUAACUUAACAGAACUCUUAAGAGAAGCUAUAAAAGAAAGAAGAAAUGGCAAAAUAACAGCGAGGCAACAUCUGCUGUAGCAUUAAAGAAAGACACUAUCUGAUGGUAGACAUUAUUGAUUACUACUGCGAUGACUAGUGUUCAUCUGCUGUCAGCCAGUACUUUAUAAGGCAAGGGAAGUUUAUUUAUAUAGCACAUUUUGGCAAUAAGGCAAUUCUAAGUGCUUAACAGAGGACUUAAUUAGAGUCAUUACCGGUGUCAGAAAAACAUAUUGAAAGAAAACAUUUAAAAUCAUAAAACAAGCAUUAAAAAUCAAAGCAAGAAAAAACAAAAUAUAAUGAAAUAAAACAGCAAAUCUGGAGGCAUAGUUCUUUUUAGUAGAUUAAUAAAAAGCAGCUGUAAACAAAUAUAGGCUAUAUACAAAAUGAUUUCAAAUCAUUGUGAGGAGUUUUUAGAUUGCUAUAAACAGACUUAAUUUAAUACUAGUGUCUCUUUAUGAACAAAGAAAGCAGAUGAGGUCAUCAGGAUAAAGACCUGUAGGCACCAGAUAUACAUAAAGAUGAUUCAGCCAAUUUUGAACCUUAUAUCCCCUUCCAACAAAUUUUAUCAAAGGUCCGAUUUUUUAAGACCUCUAAAAAUCAUGUUGCCAGAUUUUCCUGUGGCAUGGGGUGUGGUAAUAAUGAUCCUCUUGUCCCCUGUGCGCAAAGAAGAUGAUCAAAGCCACCCUGAUUUGAUAUUGUAGAUGUUAAUCAUGUACAAUCAGAAAUCAUGUUGUGUGGGGACCCAAGGGAAGAUACACUGUGGAUUAUGUGGGAUGAAACAACAGCCAUCAGGAUCCAAGCUGACUGAAUAAGGAGGCACAACAAAAGCAGCCAUGGCAGAAAGGACCAAUGUCUUUUGAUAACUCAUGAUAAGAGCAGUGGAAUUGUCCUUUUUUGUCAUUAUUGGUUAUCAAGCCAGCACACUAAACAAGAUUGGAGUAAGUUGAGUAAACAGUAUGUGCAGAAUAAAAACAACGAUCUGGUUAGUUUAGCGCUGACAGUGCAGACUGUCAGGAACCCUGUGUUUUGCAAUUUUGCUAAAAAAAAAAACAGCAAGCCAGUAGAGAAACUGUCAUGGAAACCCUGUGUGACACUUGCUGUAAGCUGAGUGACAGACAGACCAUGUGUUAUAUAAUAUCUGUGAAGUGCUGACUGAGUCAGUCAGUGUUUCAGCUUAGUCUGAUGUCAGGAUUAAUGCAUUAGACUGCCAGUUUACUGUUUAAAUGUUGAGGCAGAAUUUUAUUUUGUGUCAAGUACUUAAACCCUAAGAGCUCAUUCGAUAAAAACAUAUUUAAUCAACUGAAACCUAAAGUAAUUGUGUAACUUUAAGAUUUGAUACAGUUGGAUGAAAAUGUGUGGCCAGUGUUGAAGUGAUUUGUAGCCAUCAAGGAUCAGAUUCUCCAUAAAUAUUUAAAAUCUGUAUUUUAUAAGACAUGACAACCUUUUUCUUGCUAAGUGACAGUUCUGUGUUAACAGCUGCUUUUGUGUUAAACCCAUAAAAUAGAUAAAACCUGCUUCCAAUGGCUGAAUUUGGUAGCCCCUCCGGCCCUGGGCCCAGGGCCAACCUUGGAAGGGCAGUACAAAUGACUAUUGCACAAAGGCCAAAUGUCUCGCAGUGGGGCCGAGAGACGCUGGCCAGACUUUGCUCACUGUGUUUCGCUACUAAGUUCAGUGGGUGGAAUGGACCCAAGUAGCAAAGCAUAGGUGGCCUGCACAUCAUCAACAGACUCUGUCGUCCUGCGGGUACUGUUUCUCAUUGUCGCCUCUGUCUGUAAUGCCUGUACACUUCCUCCUCAAAUCUCUGUUGUGGCCAUUAAUGUUACCCAUCUCUACUAUCACAAUGAUUUUAUCGGUUUACUUGCUUUACUGAAAGUUGCAGAGCUCUCUGUAAUAGCCUUUUGAAGUGCUCUUUGAUUGUCUUACUCUCACUGAAGCAUCGAAAAAUUGGUCAGGGGUCAUUGCCAGUCUUACUUGAGUGAAUUUGGACCAGAAGCAGGUACUUUAUAGGCAGCAGGCUGCAAUGAGGACCUCAUUGUAAAAGGAUGGGUUUUAUAGAGGUGAGGUUUCUCCCUCCCUCUCUCUCUUCUCUCUUUCUCUCUCCUCUCUCCUCUCUCUCUCUCUCCCUCUCUACGCUGUAAGCUAUUGGCCAGCCGCCCAGGUCUGCGACACUGAGGAGCUGAAGUGGGCACUUUUAGAGCAGCUCCACUGAACACAGGGGCCAAGGACAAAAGGUGUGUGUGCGUGCCUGUGCGUGUAAGUGUGUUUGUACACUCUCUUGUGACUGAGUGGAGAAUGUACAUGGAAAGCAUCCUUUUAAGUAGGGUCCAGGGAUCACAGGCUGUAAUGGUUCAUCAUAUGCUGCAGGCUUUUACUGUACAUAUACAGUAGUGAACAAACUCAGAAUGCAGUGUACUUGCAAAGCAUCCUUAUGAUGAAAGGCCAGAACCAAGGUUAUAACCAUUCAUUAUGUGGUGCUUGCAUUAAAAAGUGGGUUGUAAAGAAUAGAUGCUUAUAAGAGAGUGAACCAAUAUCAACGAAUAAACCUUUAUUUUUGCUAAACCAUAAAAAAGUGAUCUCAUAACAAGUAUACAGACGUGUAAAAGUAGCAGUAGACAGUACUUUAUGUUAUCUUUUCUUGGGGGACCCUUUAUAAAUCUACCAUGGUCAACAAAGGCAAGGCAAACCUUUGUUGAGACCUAGAGCAGGACUAGAGUCAUUGGUUAAUAGCCAUAAGACAAGAAUAAAAGUGUAAUUACACGACAAAGAAUGAAACUUGUAAAGUAAGUGAUUGUAGCAGUUGGAGUCGAGAUCUACAGCAGCAGUGUUUACUCAUCAACAUCCUCGGGAGAACCUGGGAGGCCAGAGAGCGCAAAAACUUCAGGGAAGGAAGAGACAGAGACUUGGUAUCAGUUCUCCUGGCAGUCUAAGCCGAUGGCAGCGUAACUAACUCACCAGUGGCUGAUCCAAACAAAGGCUGAGCCAGAUCUAAUCAGAAAGCCUAUUCUUGAAUGUAAAGAGAGUGUCUACUACCUUUGGGAACACACAACAGAUGUACUCAAGCAGACUGAGACUGGUCUGUGCCCGUGCUCUUCAGAUUGGACGUUAGGCUUUGACCCAAGAGUUGAAGAGUAUAAAUGCAGGAGGCCAGUUAGUAAAUAAAGCCUUGACAGAAGACAAAGCAGUGGUACUAUACAUAACAAAAGUACAGAACUGUAAAGUUCUUGUUGGCCUCCCUAACGAGUUUGUCUUCACAGGUCAGCUGGGUGUUGAAAGAGGGCAUAUUGCAACCAACUAAAGUGGACCAAGGUUUACUUUGGUCAAUAAAUCCAUUCUCAUCUGGUGCUUGUAGACCAGGACUAGACAGUGGUAUUGCUUUAAAUGUGCUGAGCUGAGUGGGAGAUUGUUCCAUAGGAGAGGGGCCUGAUACGGAGUAUGGGUAUGCACUGUGUGUGGUGUUAUUGUUUCACGAGAGAUGAAGCAUCCACACGAAGAUGAAACAGUAGUCAAAUACUGAUUUAUGCACUCUGGGGCCUGUUUUCUAAAAGUAUUGUUUAUAGUUGCCCUAAACGUUGUUUCUGUGUGGAUGAAACAUCAAUACAAACUUUUGCGUUUACUCCUAGAUUAAUUUUUUUGUGGACGGACCUGAAAGGAUAUGCCUCCCAUACUGUUCUUGGAGACUUCAAAUACCACAAAUAAGCCUGAAAUGAUCAGGCCUUGGAAGUUUCAUUUCGAGACUCUAAGCCAGCUGCUACACACACAAACAUAAUGAAAUGACUGUACAUUUCCAACCCCUGUUCUACUCUGACUACCAAAUCAAUUGCCUUGACAACAUCUCAGUGUGACUGACAUUGUGACUUUGUCUCUCACUGGAGAUGAAAGAGGUCUGACAGUUAUGAAAAUAGCCACGGGGAAGAACUUGACAUGAGGAUGUGAUGUGUUGACACUUGUUGUUGAUGUCGUUAUUGUUUGCAUCCCUCAGAUUGGCUGAUAUUGAGAGCAAAGCACAGUGUGAACUCGUGCUAUGAAGAUUUGCAUUGGGCUAACUCGUAAUUCAGCCAUUUUUAGUUUAAGCACUUGUCAGGGGUGUGCUUUCUUGGUCUGCUGACACCACACAGGUUGUCUGGAGAGUGAUGUGAUAUUUUUCAUCGAGCACUAAAGACAGCAUUUUAGAAACAAUCAGGAUGUUUUUAUAAAUCCUUCUUCUCUGGCAUACACUUCAAAAACAGCAUUAAUAUUUUACAGCUACCUGGAGUACUUGGCAUAUAUUAGUGUCAGAUAAAAGAAAGGCACAAAAUAAAGAGCUGAAUACUGAUUUCUCUGUGUUUAGCGGUGUUUUGCUGAUUGUUACCAUUAAAAGGCUGGGUCUAUCAUUGCCAUGAUUUACAUGGAGUGCUGACUUGAGCUCAGGAGAAUAAUAAAUGCAGAACUAAUGGCUCCUGACAUAAAACACUCUGACUUCCAUAGUUCUGUUCCCCUGAGGGCAAGGGGCUCACAAACGAAGGCACAAAUGUAUCUGAACCACAAAACAAGCAAGUAUGCCCACAAAUAAAUGUAGCUACAUGCUAGCACACCCAAAGGCAAGGGCCAAGGUACACAAAGACACCCAAAAAGGCACAUUAGCAUCGCUCAUUGCUGAAAUUCUCCUCACCUCAGGGAGGGGUGCUGACAUGAGGGAUAGUGCACAGUGCUGAGGGCGAGCUUGUCUGUAUGUAGGAGGGUUCCUUUGCUUUUGAAGACACGCCUGGUUUGAAAAGAUUUAAUGGAGUUGAACUAAGGGAAAUUAGCUGGACAGGACACAUGCUGCAUUGGAGGAAAAGCAGGGCCUAUGCCAGCCAACCAGCAGACACCCUUCUAAGACUCCUCUAUACUUCAUGAGUGGCAUAAAAAAGCCGCAUGGGCUGUGUGAUCGUAUUUUUUCACGCUGUAAUUUAAAAGCAACAAAGGGCUUGUAGAAUAUUUCCUCUUUGCAAAAUCCACAGGGACUUUAGUUAUUUUACAAAUACCCACAAACCUAUUCUUCCUCAUAAAAGCAGAGGGUUUGUACCCUUCAAAAUAGAAAAAAAAGAUAAAUACGACAAGAUCCAUAAGCUCUGCAGUCAUUUUGUGGAUCGCAUCUUUAGCAUCCCAGCUCUUUGCACCUAACCUACAAUCCCCCUAUUACCUCCUCUCUGUUGUUGUUCACACAUGAGUAGUUUGAGUGACAGUGACAUUUAUUGGCCUGUCCAGACAGCAGCAGCAGAAGUACCUCCCCGAAACCCCGUCCCCUGAUCCUCUGGAGGUAUCCAGCUGUGCUGUUUUUCCCCACCCACCCCUAAGGCCCUAAUAUAUCCACAUUCAAUAUGCCUGAUUGAUUAAACUGCAGGCACACAGGAUGGAUUGGACAAGUCAAUCCACAGCAACAGACUGCUUUCAGGUUAUUAUUAUGUGGAGGAGGUGAAAAUCAGCCGAGCGGCCUGACAAGAUAGAUCAGGUACACCUUGUGCCUGUGAAUCUAAACUCUUGAGUUCAUUAAUGCGCCUCUGCUCACAUUUUCUCCUGCACUGUUGUUGACACAGUGUGGAUGGUAGUUGUUUUGACCCGCUCUUUCUCCGGCAGAAUGGAUUGUUUUGAAGUAAGAUACACUGAAAUUAUGAGCACUGCCAGAAUGAACACACUCAUGUAUUUAAAAUUCAUUUGGAAAGUCAUUUGGGCGUGGGAUUAAUGUGACCUUAAGUUGCCCCUGCCUGCCCUGCAUUAGCAUUCGCAGUGUAAGAGUGGAGUGAAGUGCUAAAGUGAAGUCAAAGAGAUCCCCCUGUGUUUCUUUCCAUUCUAAUAAUUCAGUCAGGAAGAGUCAGGGAACACUUUCUUAAUAUUCUGAGGCAAAAGCAUCUUCCUCUCCUACUCGCUGGCUCCUCCUCUCCAUGUGCUGUCUUCCUGGCUCUAAUCAUGUGGCCAUUGUGUAUGGAUUUACUGCCCUGAGAGCCCCCAGGAGGGAGAUUUGAUUUUUCCCCUGCUCUGGCUAAUCUUUCCCUCUCGCCCUCUAUUUUUCCUUCCUAAUUCCGACUCUGUCUCUUUUCCUCUUGCAGUCUGCGAUGUUUCCACUGUCCUCUUUUCCUUUAGUUAGUCACCCUGGGUUAACAGAAUCCGUGUUUUCAUCCUGUAGCUUUUUCUUCAUUUAGUUAUUUUCCCUCUUUGCUCUGCAGGGGAUGGAAAAAGCUCAGAUGAUUGAGCAGUGGUGUACUUAAUAUGCAUGCGUUAUUGUGAUGAAAAUUCAGGUAUGUGGCAGGAUGUAUUACUCACUCUUUCUCUUCUUGAAUUUGUUUUGACUCAUUGUUUUUUUUUUCUGUUUUGCAGCCACUCUCACUCUCCUGGCUCCAUGGCAGCAGCAGUGCGAGGCAGUGAGUGGUCAUGUGGACGGUGCACCUUCCUAAACGCCGGCGCUGCGCCUCGCUGCUCCAUCUGCGAGGCGCCUCGCCAGAAACCGGACCUCAACCAGAUCCUGCGGCUGAGCAGCACCGAGGAGCACCGCUGGGCAUGUCCCCGCUGUACACUGAACAACCCACAGGGAUCUGGAGCCUGCUCUGUCUGUGGCUUUGGACCGUCCCCCGCCACCCACACACCCCCUACCACCACCAUCGCUGCCACUGCCAACGGCCUCCCACCUGCUCCGACUGAACCCCCAACGCCUUCUGUCACCCCCACGGUUUUACUUGAGCCACAUGGACAGCAUCCUGCUAAGGAGGAGGUGCUGCGGCGGUCUGAGAGCAACGGAGAGGUGUGCGUUCUGGAGGGUCAGCACUCCGGGUGGGCCUGCCCUCGCUGCACACUUCACAACACUCCUGUGGCGCUGUCAUGCUCCGCCUGUGGGGGUCCCAGAAAACUGUCUUUGCCUAAAAUCCCCCCUGAGGCGCUGGUGGUGCCUGAGGUGCGCACACCUGUGCUGGGGUUUCCCGUCCACACAGCAGGGGCCGCCCCACUACUUAUAGACCUUACAGAUGACUCUCCUCCAGCUCCACCCUGUGAUCCUCAAGAACCCCCACAUGUCACCUCACAGACCCUCUCCUCCCCUUUCACUUCUUUCUCCACCUCUCUCCAAAACAACCCCGUGCCCUGCAGCAGGAGAGAGGUGCCCCCUACUGGGCGCCCACCAAAUCCAGGCACGAACACCCCUAGUCCCACCUCCCCUUCAGCAGCCAGCGUGCCCCCGCAGCCCGGCCCACAGCGGCCAGCCAAGCCUAAACACGCCCAACCCCAGGAACCCUCUUACCCCAGCAAACGCCUCAGUAUCUUAGAGGAAGAGGACUCUCAGCACCAUCCUCUAAACCCCCUCCUCCCUGUUGCUUCCUCAGCCGCCCCCACCUGGAAGUGCCCAAGCUGCUCAUUGCCCAACCCUGGAAACUCCUCCAAAUGUGAGGCCUGCCGAUCAUCACGUGCUGGUGCUGACCUCAUUGAUCUGGUAGGCUGUGAGACGGUACGAUUCACCCCGGCCAGCCCCUCCAGCCCGGACUUUAGCACCUGGGCCUGCUCCAAGUGCACGCUGCGCAACCCAACUGGUGCACCCAAGUGCUCUGCCUGCGGUUCCUCCAAACUGCACGGCUUUCAGGAGCAGCAGGUCCCGCUGCCCCGCUGCUGUACACACUGUGGCCUACCAGCGGGGCCUGGCACCGCAUCCUGCUCCUGCACACCUUCCUCGUCUUCAUCCUCCUCGGGUCACAAAGCGCGGAAACAGGCACGGCCCUUUCCUUCUUCUGCUGGUGCGUCUUGUAGUUCCUCCUCCUCCUCCUCCUCUGCCUCGGCCAGCCUUCAGGAGAAGAUCGCACAGUGGAGCUGCCCAGCAUGCACGCUGCUCAACGACAUCAAGGCGAAGAACUGUGCAGCGUGCCACACGCCCCAGCAGUACCUCACCCUGCGUAAGGUGGUUAAGCCUCUGAAGAGAAGGGAAAGCAUGCAUGUGGAGGCUCGUCGCCGAAACGACGAGGGCGAGGCCAAGGAGCUCUGGGAAAACAUCGUCAGCUUCUGCAGAGAAGUAAGAGAAGGGUGUAGCUCUGAAACACAAGAAUAUUAACAAUUUCAUAACAUAUGGCUCAAAACAUGACAGGAAGUAGCUUAACAGAUGUGGCUGUAUUUUUAAUUCAUCUGCAGAGGUGGAAAAUCAGCUUAUUCUGUUGCGUCACAGGAUACACAUGGUUUUUCAGAAGAAACUUCCCUCAUUUUAAUUCCUCUUAUUGUUAAUACACUGGCAUUGUUCCCACUCCCUCAGUCUCUCUAAUUUCACAGAAAUGCUAAUAGGCUCUGUCAUUGCUCUGUUUGCAUUUGCUGCGUUAGCAGACUUUUAAAUGACCGGCUGGUGGAUGUUUGCCUCUGAAAGGAGCUGCAGAUUCAGUGUCUCAGUAUCGUAUUAGCUCAACCUGCCCUCAGUCACUUCACCGGAGUCUGAUCCAGAGUUUCAAAAGUCAGUGUCAGAGUAUAACUACUGAGAGGUUUUAAUGAGUUCAGUUUUUGCUGUUUCCUCUGAUAACGCUGUAGUGAGGUAUUUUUUUUAACACUGAUAGCAAAGUUGGAGUCAGGCUCUUCUUUCCCUGUCCUCAGAUGGCACCAACCACAACUCCGAGAUCUUAUUGAGGAAUAUAUUAGACUACAUAAUUCAUUUCACUGUAUCAUAGCAGACCUGCCUGCCAGAGAUUAAAAAAGUUUUUUAUCAUUCUUAAUGUAAUUUCUCUUUAAAGUGAACUUCACUGUAUCAGUCCUGCCAAAGUUAUUAAGGGAUUAAGGCAGCAUAUGAUUCCUUUUGUAGCCAAACACCUUGUUGAAUGGAGCAUUUUCAUUAACCUGCACAAACGUUCAUCAUAAAGCGUUUUUUUUUGUUUUGUUUUGUUUUGUUUCAUAGGGGACAUAAAACUAAUUACACUUUUGUAAUUAAGGGCCGGUCUGUCGGCAUGACAACCCUCAAAUAAUGAUGCAUCAUACCCAGUCCUGCAUGUCUGCUUUUAAUAUUCAUGGACCAAGAAGGCUUUGAGGUUAGCUGUGUCAUUCAUGAGCCCUGAUUGCUGUGAUUGUAAAAUGCCCUGCUGCACCCCCUCCCCCCCAAAAAACCCACCUCCUCUCUUACUUAUUCACAGCUGUUUGGAAACACAAUGAAGUCUUCCCCUAGCAACCACAGUCAACAUGUGACAACCUUCAUGGUGCUCAUUUGUAUCACAUCUCUUGCAUUGCUGAACCUUUAGUAAGCCUGUAUUAUGUUGCCAUGGAAAUGCUUCUCAGGGCUGUCAGAAAGGUUCAUUUGAGACCAUUUAAGGCUUUAUGCUAAUGAGGCUAACCUGCUUAGGCUAAUUAAACCUCUGAAAAUGAGGGAUUUGCACCACGUCUGUUCAGAUUGAGGUUAUUUUCGGGGGCAGGUUUUUUUAUUCCCUGACUUUAUUUUGGCGUCUCAUGCGUGCCUGCUCACUACAUCUGCAUGGCACCUAACAGGCCAUGUUUACAAUUGCUUGAAGUGAGCUUUUGAAUACAUUAUUAAUGACUUCUUUGAAAGUCGCAGGGCUCACUGCUGCGAGCGUGGGAGGCAAGUUCCCUCAGUAGGAAGGAAGGAUAUCAGAGAGCCCCUCUCCUCUAACUUCCCUCUAGUUUUUUACCCGAUACAAGAUAGACAUUUGAGCCUCUUCUUCUUUUUAAUUUUUCCUUUUCCCCUACAAAUAUUUGAGACCCUCCUCUCUCUAUCAGCCCCUCAGCACUCUGCAGACUUUCCCUCCUUUCUUUAUCUCCUUUUUUUAUCUCCUCUCCCUCCAUCACAUCUAUCCCCAUACGCUCAUCCUGUUGUUUUUUAUCCUCCUCUCUGCUAAUAUCUCAAAAUAUGCUUUCCCCUCCUCGCACCUUCCCCCCCCCCCCUUUCCACCCUCUCCACACGACUGCACUCAAUUCCCCAGUGUAGCCGUCAGUGUGUGUCUGGCUCUGUGUAUGUGUGUGUGCUAAGGUGAACACUGGGCUGGCCUAUUUUUAGCAGCAGAGCCAGAGAGAAGAGGAGCAGAAAUGAUCCGCUUCCCUAUGGUGAAUGUAAUCACGAACAGCAUCAAGUGCUGCAGCCCAGUUUCAGGGGUCAGAGGGAUGAAGUGGGGUGGAAUUGGUUAGCACGAGGUUUUAGUGCUUUGAGGUGAAAGUCUAAUGUUGACAGAAGGUUGUGGUUCACGCAGUGACAAGGCAGUGAAAUAGAGUUAAACAACACAUGCUUUAUUCUGAACUUUGUUGAAUAUUAGAGGAUGCUGCCUCUAUGAAAAAGGAGUAUAUUUCUGAGAUAUUAGAGCAAUCAGUGAAAACCCCAACCAUGAGGUGAGAAACCAUUAGUGCAGUUUCCUUUCUCCUCCCCGCCGCCUUGUGUUUCUACACUCCGCUGAUGGUUUUGGAGAGCGAGAGGUGUGCGCUUGCCUGAUGGCAGCGCCCCAGAGCGUGUCCGCUUACUCACUGUGCCAGACGAGUAAAUGUUACUAAUAGCCAUCAGUGCUGCUUGUGAACCGUACAUGUGGUUCCUCUGUUUGUCACCCCGUGUCACCCUCUCCGAGAGCAACAAAAAAAUGCUACAAGGCAACAGACAGAUUUUUUUCUGUUUCAUUUUCAUCUCAACACUCUUUAAAGCACUUGUCAUUUGGAUUUUUGCCACAGUUGGGAUUUAAUCAGGCCCUUUUAUUUUCAGGGAGGGUUGCAUGUUGGAGUGUUAGUUGCAACUGCUGGCAGUGACAGGUUCUCUCUGCCUUUGGACGGAGCUCGAAGUACCAGGCUGCUCUUGGACGCUUUUGUUUUGGCUUUAAUAAGCGCUGCACUGUGACGCCCUGCUCUCCGGCCUUUGUUGCCCCUUGUUUUAGAUAUCAACAGAUCAUCUUUGACCAAGAUUUCUAGCUAUGUACAAUCUUCCAAACAGGCUUUUUAAGUCGGCUAGUUAUGUGUGGUCUGUAAGAUUGCUGGAAUGCAGCAGGUUUUCUUUGCCACAGUCUUGUUUGCAUUCUGGUGUGUAUGCUCAGUGACCGGAUCGGAGGCAGCAGCAGGUUUACUUCAGUCAGUCAGUCAGCCAGGCUUGUGUUAGCUGACGACACAGCAACCUAACCUGAACAACAGGAAGAUAUGUCCUCUCUGCCUGUGAUUGAUAAUAAAACAGGCAGAGGCAGGUCACAAACAAAGCAAAGAUAAAGAGUUAUUUCAGGACAUAAAACUUUAUCUGAAACACUUUUUAUUCGAUUCAAGGGAAUCCUAAAAGACAGUCAGGGAAAGCUCGCUGCUGAGAGUGAGGUGAGACUAGGAGGAGAUCCCUGGCUCAGCUGACCUGAUCUCCUCAAGCAGUUUUGUAGUCUUCGUAGCAUCAGCGCUGUCUCCCUUAGAUUUUAGUCUGGCAUUUGGAACAAAGGCAACGAACCCCAGUCUGAGCAUCUCAACAUACCCAUCGACUCGUGAUAUUAAAAGGUCAAAGAUAGGGGUAAUCAUUAAGAAACUAAAACUAAGUGAGCUGGUGUGAGUUUGGGUCAAAAGCCUGGCAGCUGAGUCUUGAAGAGUCUGGAGUGGAUUUAAAGUAUUGUGUUUCAGGCUGUGAAAUCAAUGAGGUAAGGGGAUACAAACAUUUUGCUCACAAAACACCCUUGGCACUAAAAGAUAUGAAUACUAUAAAUUAAUCAUGUAAAGCUCAGUCUUCUCCUCAUACUCAGAGUGAAGCAGAUCGUAUUUUCUCCCAUUGUCAUGUCUGUAAGGUGAUGCAAAACAAUCCUCUAGAAUAUGCUUCUGGGUGUAGCAGAGUACUCUUUAGCAUCAGCUCGGUGAGGAAGGAAAAGGAUGGUUUGAAAUAUGCUGGAGUUUUCUUGCACAUAUGUUGUUGAAAUGUACACUCAUCUCUUGGUUUAUUCAUCAAGUGAAGCUGCCUUUAACCUGCAGAGAGAGAGAGUGUGAAAAUAAGCUUCUACCUGCCAAACAGUGAAGUCAUUCUCGGGAUACUGAAUAGAUUGUAGAAAAGUCUGCAGAAAUGGCUCGUCUUCAGGAUGAAACAAGGUCCAACUCUUCCAUUUACAUUUACUCCAUAGCCAUCUAUUCAAAGUCUCUGCAUAGGUAGGGCUGGGCGAUACACGAAAAACUGACUGACACCGAAUUUUAUGACAAUAACUGAUGUCAUUUUGCCCGUGUCAAAAAAAAAAUAAUAGUUGGUUUUGGAUGUGUGUAGGUAGGCUAUGGUCUCAUGUCCCUUUCAGAUGGGACCACAUCAGAGACGUGACUCCACCCCAUCCAGUCUGUAACGAAGAGGGAGAGACAGGUGAGGAGAUGGAGGACGGUUCAAAAGUUGUAGCAACUGGAGCGGCAGCUGAAUUAGACGAAGUUAAUGUGGGAAGGGGGUGAGCAACUUGUAGAGUAGUUAUCGUCCGUUUAUCGUUAUCGAGGUGAACUGCUCAAUAUAUUAUGAUAUUGAUUUUAGGCCAUAUCACCCAGCCCUUUCUCUGCAGUCCACUCUUAUUAGUGUUCAUUUAAUAAAAAAUCAACCAUAAAGGAGGAGUUUAAGAAAAACCGUUAGCUCCAGCUUACCUGACUGCAAUAGCUCAGAGCCUUGCUUUACUCCCACCCACACCAAGCCAAGUAAAUUCCAAUCUCAGGCUGAAUUUACUGCAGAAAGGUUGGAAUUCAUGACUGGAUCAAACCAAGGCCGCAGUUGAUGGACCAGUUUAAGCCAAUAAAACGCUGUCCUUCAAUACUAAAGGCUUGAAAGUGAGCACCUUGCAUGGUGCCUGGCUGCUGUAUAGGACAUUAAAAAAUUACCCAUUAGAAGAGCAAUUUCAGAUCUGGGAUGCGUGCACACUGGAGUGUCAUAAUUGUCAUUCACACACUGCUUACACAGCAGAUUUUUAGCCCCUUCAGCAUGUAGACAGCAGGACCCCAACCUUUUAGUUAAGGGGCAACACACUUUACAACUGAGCCACAGCUGUCCUCAGGUUUAUUCUGUUUUAUCACAGCUGUAACAGUUAUUACAUGUUAAAACAAUGUUAUUACAGUAUAAUAGUGUAAUUACCAGCUUUUCUGUUGGAAAUCUUGUAAAUAGUAUUUUGCUCGUCUUGUGAAACAUUUUUUGCACAGUAUCUUAGGAGGCCGACUGGAAUAAAUUCUACAAUCAAAGUGUUUUUCCAUUACACCUGUGUUUUUUCCACCUUUCCAUGAUUUUGAGGAGGAACCCCAAUACAAAGCAUAACUGAAAUUCAGACUCUCUUCUUUCUCUCCUGGUCCCUCUCUCUAUCACCACGACUGCUGUCAACAAACUGUAAACCAUGCCUGUUCAUCGGCCACCGUGUUUACUUCACUAGUUUGUGCUGUAAUGAUUUUGCUGUUGUGGAUUUGCACAUUAGGGUCAAUUCACUCAGGACUCUAAUGGCCUCAUUUUGAAAGUAACGUGAACAUCCCAACAACGAAAAAAAAAGGGUCUGAACAAUAAGCAUUCUCUUGCUGUGUGAACAUAGUCAAAACAGCCCUUUCAGUCAAAUUAGCAUCAGCAGCCUCAUGACAGAAACUUCUAAUUGAUCCAAAACUCACCGACUUCUCCUGGUGUGAUUCUACAAUCCAUGUUAACAACCCCCACCUUUAUUACAUUCCAGGGCUGGGCGAUAAACCGAAAAUUUACCGAUACUGAAAUUUACGACAAUAACCAACAUCAUUUUGUCCAUAUUGGUUUAUUCGGUGUCUAAAAAUCAAUAAAUAAAAGUUGGUUUUAGAUGUGUGUAGGUAGGCUAUGGUCUCAUGUUGCUUUAAGAUGCUUUCCUAUGUCAGAGAUUGACUCCACCCCAUCCAGUCCAUAACAAAGAGGGAGAGACAGGUGAGGAGAUGGAGGACGGUUCAAAAGUUGUAGCGGCUGGAGCGGUGGCUGAUGUAGGGAGGAGGUGAGCAGCUUGUGGAGUAGUUAUUGUCCAUUUAUCGUUAUCAAGGUGAACUUCUCAAUAUAUUGUGAUAUUGAUUUUAGGCCAUAUUGCCCAGCCUUAUUACAAACCCCAAAACUCUCAAAUUAGGAGGAACUUUUAGGGUGCAGGUCGAACAGAGAUAGUUAAUACUGGGAGACAGCAAAGUGUUUCUUUACUUGUUCAGUUCUGUGUAUUUUUGACUUUUUGCCUGAUCAUAGAGAAGUUGUAGCAAUCAUCUUACCGCUUAUUAGGCGAGCUCUCCAGGUACAAUCUGCUCUAAAUGAGUCUUCCUCUUUAACCCAUGUCCUCCUCUCCCUGUAUUCUCCUCCACUAGUUAAACUGUACAGACUGUGCUCUGAGAGUUGCAUUAUUUCAAAGUACAGCCUGUAUAUGUGUCCAGGGCUGAAACUCUUUCUCUGCCUCUGUGUGAAAUCCACCCUGACCCCCAAACCCACACAAUAAAAGCCUGCACAAAGGUCACAUAUAAGCCAGUGAAGCACAGAAUUGCUAAGCUACGUUGAGACCUUGAUGGUUUGGGCGUCGAGUCGUUGCUUAAAUGAUUCAGUCUGGUGACUAAUGCUGCAUCCAGGUUUCAGAAUUGGAUCGUGGGGGUUGGCCCACUAAUCAAUUCGCCUCACUGUGAGCCACCAGCGGGGUGUCCACACUACAUCCACAGGCCGAGCCCGCUUCUGACACCACAAAGAGGAAACCAGACACGAGUGCAUGUGUGUCUGUCGGCCCUCUCAGGUUUGUACAGCAGAGUUUUAGAUGGGCAGAUAGUGUGACAGAUUGGGUGUCUCCUGAUCUGUUAAUGUAUCAUGUAGACCAGGGCCUGUGUACAGUAGAGAGACGGCUACAUUAAAUCCCCCAUGUCCUUUUAAAUGCUCGGCACUCUGCGGGGAAUGUGUCAGAAAGUGAAGCAUUGGAAAUGUUUCAAGGUGAUUUGCAUAUUUAUGUCCUUUAUCCUGGCUGGUGCAUGGAGCCAUGUUUGACGUCCUGCUGUGCACAUGUGUGACACACAGUCACCUUGAAAGGAAUUCAUCUCAACUUUUUUACUUUUUCUUUUUAUCACACUAGUAUUAGUUUUUGGGCUUACCACCUUCCCUACACACAUUUUUAAUGAAUUCAACCACAUAUCCCAUCUUCUAAUCCUCUUAAAUCAAUAAUCCUCCAUCUAAAUUAUUGAUUUAGCAGAGUAUUCUCCAGACUAAUGAUCAUAUUUCCUUAUCUUUUAACCCUUUGAUCAUCUUCUUUUGCUUAUAUUUGUCUUUUUAAGCUCCUGUGUGGAUUUUAAGACAGACUGAAAUGUAUUUUGAUGCACCUCUCUGACCCACUCAAGUAAACAUGACCAUAAUGGUCCUUACACACCGGGACCAUUUUUUUUUUUUAAAAGCCAAUAUUCCUGACAGUCAUUUCUCUGGUUUUGUUGCAUUCUCCCAGUUUUGUUAUUAUAUUUAGGGUGCUUAUCUCCUAUCCUUGUAACAGUGUAAUAUUGCAGUAUCAGGGUUCUUGUCUUAACUGUUCACUGUCUGAGUCCGCCUUCUUUAUUCACUCUUCAAUUUUAGAUACAAAGAAAGAAGAAAUAUCAGCCGGAAAGAAAUGUCUGUUUGCACACGAUUAGAUAGGGAAGGUAGCUAUUUGCCAUUGUCAGUGUUUGGUAAUAACAGUGCUUCAAAUAGCAGCUGUGAUAGUCAUCUACAUUUCUUAGUCUCAUAGUGAUAGUGCUGCUGUUUUCUGACUCUAUUAACUCUCUGGUAGCUUAUCUGUUAAUUGAUAAAGAAGUACCAGAAAAGCACACGCUGUGAUAUUUUAAAUAUUGAUAUUUUUCCCAAUGAAAAAUGUGCACUGGAUCAGCUAUUUAAACAAGGCAGUUCUAAUAACUUCAGUGCAAAUUAUAGCGUUGGCUUGGCUUCUCUGUAAAAGAGAAGGCUUUGGUUUAUCAACCCUGUUGCAGCUCAUCUUUCUGCAUUUCACUUGGAGGUGGAGCCAAAAGAGUUACUUGUGGUGUAGCCGACUAGAUUUUACAAGCAGCAAGUCUUACCCCAAAGAAUCUAGGGCUCAUGUGGUGGCUUGUAGUGUCCUGUUUCAUCCAUUAUUCACCUGUAAAAUGUCAUAAGCAAUGCAGAGUGGAGAUGAACAGUCCUCAAAGCGGCAUGUGUCCUUCAGGUAUGCAUUACUACAGCAAAAAGCUUUAUUCAAGUGCUCUCUUGUAGUCCUUAAGGGAAGAUUGAAAGUAGAUUUUCAGUGUUUUAGAUGAGUGUUAUCUCUUUGUUACCAUAUGUGUUUGAAGUCUUCAUUUUAAUAUUCGAACACGACCGUUUGUUUCUCUGUCCCUCUUUAGAACACUGUGAACUUUGUGGACGACAGCUUUCCCCCAGGACCUCGCUCCGUCGGCUUUCCAGAGGGUGACAGCGUCCAGCAGCGAAUCAAAAAGUGGCUCCGUCCUCAUGAGAUCAACUGCAGCAACUUCAAAGACCGGGGCGUCAAGUGGUCCGUCUUCCGCACGCCACGGCCCUCCGACAUCCUGCAAGGCCUGUUGGGAAACUGCUGGUGAGCUGACAGAAUCCAACACCCUCACACCCGGGACAUCACAUGACAAAAGAAAACAAUCCAGAGACAGACAAUGCAGCUACAGCAGACUUUGAAACAGGCAGGAAAGUAAAGGAUAAUCCAGUACCGAGGGCCUUUAUCAAGAAUGGCAAAAGACCGCCUGAAGUUAAGAGACAUUUUUCAGCCAGUUCAGUCCCUGUGAAAGGUCAGACGGACAUAAAACAGUCAACAAAAAACAUUACACACUGCGGUGGUUUUUGUCUGAGUCUGCUCCAGAUGAACGCCACAGCCUGAAGCUAGCAGAGAUGGAGAUGGAGACAGUGACAGAGAGGCGGUGAAACAGUGAGUAAAGAAAGGGGAGGCGAGGAACUGAGAAAUUGGAAGGCAGAAAGGCAGAGCGGUAAAUGUAAGAAGGGAGCUGGGUGUAGUUAGACAGAUGCACAGAUACACCUGACAGGGAGAUUAUUCACAGGACUGUGAGUCUGGACACACUUUAUCUCUCUGCCCUUGUUUUAUGUGUCCUUUUGGGCGUUUGUGUAUGUGUGUGUGCUGCCAUCCAACAAGAAAAAAGAGUUGCUCACAAAGUUGUCCCAACACAACUUUUCGCUUCAUCGCCGGCGCACACAGCUUAUCAAAAAUAACCCUCCCUUGAGCUGAUGCCUCUCACUCGCGACAGGAUGUAACCCCAAUUCAUGUGUGUCCCUCGCUCCUCCACACACAUACACACACACACACACACACACACACACACACAGACUUGUCCUAAUAAACCAGCCAACAAACCCAGCUUCCUCCAGCCAGCCAGCCAAUGGCAGUGGAAGAAAGUAGCACCGCUCGCCUUCGUCCUUGAGUACAGCUCCGAUAGAAGCCGACAUCAGAGUCACGUAAUGACAGGGCUAAUUGGAUUUUUAUUUGAUUUUAUUGUAGCUGAUUGGUUUUUCAUCAGAGGGCUGAAAGGGCUGAUCGGCCUUGCUCAGCUGGCACUCGAACAGAUGGAAUAUCGCUUUAAUGAUACACAUUUCUGAGUGCACACAAAAGAGACCCCGUCUUUAAACCUCAGCCGUAUUAACACACAUUGACAGCUGUACUGAAAGGGAUUAUUACUGUCAACUGUGGAUAAUAGUGUAAGUUCUACCGGGGGAAAGUACCUACUGAGUUGCCUAAAUAUGAGUUAUGCCAUUAAUAGGUGCGCUAAUAGACUGUGAAAUCUAGCUGGGAGUUAUCAGCAUACAAGCAAGUUUCCCAGAACCAACAAAAUAAAGAUAAUCUUCUUUGUGUAUUACACUUGAAGUUGUAGCAAUUGGUGAGUCUCAGUGAGUAAAUAGUGAGUACAGGUGGGAAUCACUAGUGGCCCCACAAUAUGAUAUUAUCACGAUACUUGGGCCACGAUACAAUAUUAUUGUGAUUUUUAACAUUUUGCAGUAUAGUGAGUAUUGCGAUACAAUAUAUCGCGAUUGAUCUAAUUUUUUUAACUGUUCAGCUAAUUUAGCAUUUGGCUUUCCUUUAUCUUUGUCUUAUUUAUGCUGAAUUUUAUUUUCAUGUAGCAAAUCUAGAAAACUGUCUAUAUAUUUGUUGCACUAACUUUCUUCUGCUCUAUGAUGUCACCUCUGCCAACCUUACUGGACAAACAGUUGGUUUUAUUUUUCCAUUAUCAUAGAUUUAACUUCAUAUUAGCAAUUAAUUAAAAAAAUCGAUUCUUGGUAAAUGAGACGAUACGAUAUACCACCAGACAAAAUAUCGUGAUACUAUGCUGUAUCGAUUUUUUUCCUCCCACCUCUAAUAGUAAGUCACAUCAAAUCAAAUCAAAUUUUAUUUAUAUAGCGCCAAUUCACAAUAGUUGUUAUCCCAAGAUGCUUUCCAAAGAAAAAGAGCAGGUCUAGACCACGCUCAAGACCCAACCUUAAGAUGGGACAGAUUUGACCCAUCUCAUCUAACAUGAGUGACAGUAGCAAGGAAAGACUUCCUUUUAACAGGCAGAAACCUUGGGAAGGACCAGACUCAUGUUAGACAGCCACCAAGCUGCUGCUGGGUUGGGGAGAAAUACAGAGUGAUAAGGACAUAAGGUGUCACAGUGGUUUAUUUUAGCAGUAUGAACCAGAAAAAACUAAUCUGAUGAUUUACUUGAAUUAAACAGGUCUUAAGUUCACCAAAGUGACAGUAUCAUGACGCACUUUUGCUUACAGUGUCAAAAGCAUCUUCGUUAGGUCUCAUUUGAACAACUCAAACAAUUUUCUGCAACAAGAGAUCAGGGUGGAAAGAGGCAGUUCAUCCUAAAUCUUCACAUUUUUCAGCUGUGUUAUCAGUUUUGUUGGAUCACUUUGUACAUUUUGAAAUGAACUAAUGUUCACUUUUAAAUGUAUUCCUUUUAAGUUGGAUCCAGUUGUCCCCAGAUGCGUCUCUCCCCCGUGCGAGGGAUUAGCAUUUUCAGAAGUUUAAGGAUUUUUGAAUAACUAAUUUCUUUGCGAGCUAAUUAGCAGAGGCGAGUGGGUUUGUCUUUGCUGCAGGGUGAAUGAAAUGUUACGGGGAAGCAACCAGAAGGCAUAGAUGCUCAGCUCAAAUGUGCUUGAUUUUCAAAGAGUGCAAAUUAUGUGUAUACAAAAACUGUCUUUCAUAAGUUGAUUUAGGAAGUUUUAAUUUUGCAUUCACAGUCCUGUUACAGCUUGUUGGUCCGCUUCUUUUUGUUCCUUCCUCUGACAGCGUCGUCAUACCAGACUUCCUCCUCUGCCUGUCUGUUUUGGUCGACUAAAGCAGAUAUCCGUUCAUCCUCCCACCUGUCCGUCACAAUCAGCUGAUCAUUCAUGCCUUUUCAGCUCCCAUUUGUCUCACUGCUUGAUUCAGAUUGUCUUUGUUUCAGUCGCAUUGCUCUCAUUCAUCCAUCUGUCCCGCCUGCUCCGGUGUUUCAUUUUCCGAUUCAUUGAUUUUUAUUCUCCUCCCCCAGGUUUCUGAGCGCACUGGCGGUGCUGGCAGAGCGUCCGGAGCUGGUGGAGAGGGUGAUGAUCACCAGGACUAUCUGCACAGAGGGGGCAUACCAAGUGCGGUUGUGCAAAGACGGGACGUGGACGACGGUACUCGUGGACGACAUGCUUCCCUGUGAUGACUAUGGCUACCUCCUGUUCUCCCAGGUCAGGAAAGGGGAAUAUCCAGGGGUUCAACACAACGAAAUGAUAGAGAUGGUUUUGAUUGAAACAAACUGAAAUUGAGGAUCAAAGCAACAUGCAAAAACAUGCAGACUUUGUGUUGUAUGCAUCCUUUUGCAUGUCUUAAUAUAAUCUCAAACCACCUAAGUUUAGGUGUGGGUACAAGUUGGGGCAGCACAGCUAAGGAAAAAGUUGUGAAAAGCUUUCUGCCUCCUGUCAGAGCUGUGCAGAAAAUGUAGCUUUAAGUGAUGUUUCUUGACUCAGCCUGCAAGUUUAGAGAAGUGAGACUAUCACACAUCCGCGGCCUGCUCCACGUCUUUGCUCGAGGUUAGCUACCUCAGGGUACACUAGAGUGAGGUAAGGAUGCAUUAGACGCUGCCAUACAACGCCUGAAUCAUGUUGGCAGUGGUAGGUGCAUUGUGGGUAAUGUAAGCAUCUGGUUUUCACAAGAAAGAACACAAAGCCUGAUAUUAUGCUGCAUUCCAGUUACCUCAUUAGUAGGAUGUCAGAGCUUGAAAUGACGUUACACCCAACUUGACGGCAUUCCAGUUGACAAGUCGGAAAACCAAGAUGAACACCUACAGUUAGCUGUUGUUAGCUGUUGUUUACAGUUGUCAGCUGUCGUUAGCCGUUGUCAGCUGUUUUUAGUUGUUGUUUGCUAUAUCAGUUGUAAACAACGCAUAACACAGUAUUUUACGCUUACAAACACCAUAGCACCGUGUUCACAGUUAGACGUUGGGCUGUACAACAUACACCACUUAUUUAAUUUCACAAAAACAAAACAGAAGUGCUAAUAAGUAAUAUAUUACAAGAGCCUUCACUGUUACUCUUAACUGUUGAUGCACUGCGCUGCCAUCUUUGAUUAUGACGUUGUUGUCAAGAUGGGGUUGGUGAGGAUUGUCCGACCCUCCGAGUCAGAAAUCCGACUUCAGGGGUGCAUUCCAGAUGAAUUUCCAACUCAAAGCUCAGAAAUUUCGACUUCCGAGUACAACUGGAGCGCAGCAUUAAUGCAAUAUUAAGUAUAUUCAGUAAUUUCAAGUGUAUUUAUUUAGUAGCUUUUACCAUAAGUGUGUCUCAAAGGAUUUCUUAGAGGAGGCAACUGCAGGACAAAUGAGGUUUAACAAAUAACACACAAAGAAACAAAUCUGGAGAAACUUUUAAACAUCAUCGCUUACCUGUAGUACCUCUUGAGGAAGCAAAAAGGGAGUGAAGAAAGAAAAAGAGGCAAUGGGACUUGUAAAAGAAAACUCCUUUACUAUCAUGGCAAAGCAUUUCAGAGAGAGGAGAACAGUAAAGUGUAAUGUGAUAAGAUAACUGAAACAAACAUGUUGAAUUUUUAAACCUUUGAGUCACAGUGAACAGAUUCAGAGCCAACACCUUCAAAGUGCUUCCUGUUACAAGCGUACUCCUGUAAAUGAGCUGUAACAUGUCAGAGACGUGACUAAGGUUUCCUCUUCUCUUUCCCAUCAUUCCAGGCUCAGAGGAAGCAGCUAUGGGUGGCGCUGAUUGAAAAGGCCCUGGCCAAACUCCACGGCUCUUACUUUGCCCUGCAGGCGGGGCGCGCCAUCGAGGGCCUGGCCACUCUGACGGGGGCGCCGUGUGACUCGCUGAUGCUGCAGGUCAGCUCCACCAACCCUCGAGAGGAACCCAUCGACACUGACCUCAUCUGGGCCAAGAUGCUCAGCUCUAAGGAGGCGGGGUAAGAGAGAGAGGUCUACGGUCUAAUGCUUGAACCAGAUCACAGAGAACAUAGACAUCGCAGAUUUGAUAGUUCAGGGGCCAAGAAACGGUAAACAGUCAUUUAACAUCCUGUGAUCACGACUACAAACACUGAGCUGCCACAAAGGUGCUGAAUGCUAAUCUGCAGCUUUCCUCAGUAAUAGAAGAGGUCGCUGAAACAGCUGUUUGAUUGUGAGACUCCCAAAGCAACAGGAGGCAACUAUUAUGAGUCUAAAGAGGCCAAAUCAUUAGUGGCCAAACUGCGGCUCACUCUGCCAGAAAACCUGUAGUUUCAUUCAAUAAAUCAAAGGGGGCUGAACUGGAAAAUCACAGCAUUUCUCACACUGACUUUAUAGAAAAGGCUACAUCAGGACAAAAGAAGAAUCAACCAUAUGAGAUAUGUUUACAAGUACUUAAUAUAUACAUAUUGUUUUUGUUGCUGCUUUAACAGAUUUAAAGAUUUGCUUUAACUGGACUCAUGGUUGAAUAAAGAGAAUGUUUUAACUUAGUGAGAAUAUUCAUUGAAUCUUUUGUCUCACCUCUUUUUCAGUUUUCUGAUGGGUGCAUCUUGUGGAGGUGGAAACAUGAAAGUAGAUGACGUCGUCUAUGAGUCCCUCGGUCUGCGGCCCCGACAUGCCUAUUCCGUCCUAGAUGUUCGGGAUGUCCAGGGUUACAGGUAUGAACAAAGAAAGUGAGGAGUGUAAACAAGAAGAGACGAUUAGCAUCUUUUUAUCAGAUCGUUUAGUGUCUUUUACUCAUCCUGAUCUCCUUGUGUGGUAAGCUACCACUCUUGUUUCCAGAAUGGAUUGUGACUUUAAUGUAAAAUUAAAUGAUGUGUGGCAGAUUACCCCACACAUUUCCUUGGAGUUAUUUCACGUCAGCAAAACAGCCUUUUUUAAGAGCAGAGACUUGAAACAAAACAAGCAACUUGGCCUCAUUUAUAGUUUUCAAAGACUGUGUGAGCUUGGAGCACUUUCCCGCUCUGUGAUCUGUGAUCUGAUGGCCAUGUUUUUUUUCCUAAUUGCACCAUCAGUGCAAAAGAUUAACAAAAAUAUAUGACAGCUCAUAUUAGCCCCUUGGCUAAAUAUUGAGCGUUCUUGAAGCUCAUGUGAGGAGUUUUUAAAUGGUUGUGAAACAUAUUGAAAUUGGCACUGAUGCUACUUUAUGACUUAAAAGAAUAAAACCAGACUAGAAGUGAUAAGACUGAUUAUUUCUAUGUGGUAUUUAUUAAUGCCUGAAACUGCUAAAAGGGGUAAGAUAUCAGAGGCCAUGACUGACUAUUUCCAGCAGCAAAUAUUCAUUUUUGAGUGACACAUUUUACCAGCGACAUCAUGUCUUUUUCUAAUUAUUUUUACACCAGUGAUCCUCCUCUACCUCAAGACAUGGCUCAUGUGCUGAGAGAAUUGAUUUGUGAGGAGAAAAAAAACACAACUUUUGCAACCUCAAUAAAAAUAUUCUCAUGAAGAAAAGGGAAGAGACAAACAGAUAAUGAGCUUUGGCUACAUCUCUCAUCAUGGCGCAUUUAAAAUUCAUUGGAAACUAAUCAUCGCAUUAGAAUUUUUUUGGCAUCAAAAGAAACCUCAUCAUCAAGAUUUAGAUUUAAAGAAAUCUUUCCUCAGACUUGAAUCUGUGUCUCAUAUUUAAUAAAACAUCCUAAAUUUUAAAUGGAUUGAACAGAUGCAUGCUCAGGGAGGGGAUUUCUUGAAUGACUCCGCGGUAACGAAGCUCGAGGCGUCUUGUCGAUAGAGAACAGGUGCACGCCGCUUCCAUCUGAUGGCUUUGAUCAUGAUAGCAUUGUGAGUCAACACAAUGGAGCCGUCUUCUGUCCUACCUGUGGGAGGAAGUUGAGAGGAGCCGUGAAUCCCAGACACAAUUCGCUCAAGAGCCACACAGAGCCACUUUAAUUUACUGCCGGGGAGCUUUCAGAGUGGAAGAUUGGGCCUCAGCUCUUGAUCUAAAUGAGUUGGAGUCCUCCUGCUGGCAGCCCAGAGGACAUGAAAAGCAGCUUGGAAACAGUGAUUCACCUGCUUCCUCUUUUUUGGAGAGCGGGGGGACUCCUCCAUGGUUUUCCAUCGUAACUCCUGAGUUCUUCUCUGCAGGGAGGGGGCAGUAAAAUGAAAUGGGUUGUUAGAAAGUAGGCAAUCAUCCAUAAGAGGAGCAAUAUGAGUCUGCAGAGAGCUGGAUACAGCGUGCACUUAAACUAGAUCCUCUUUUUGGCUUGUACUUUCUGUUAACACCUGCCUCUCCUUAUCUAUCAUUUUCCGUGCCUGCCUCAGGCUGUUGCGGCUGCGUAACCCGUGGGGUCGCUUCUCGUGGAACGGCAGCUGGUCUGACGAGUGGACGGACUGGCCACAGCACCUUCGUCACGAGCUGAUGGCACACGGCAGCAGUGAGGGCGUCUUCUGGAUGGAGUACACUGACUUCAUAAAGUAAGAAUCAUGUCUGACACGAGGCAGUUUUUACUUUUACUGAUUAUGGCAUCAUUUAAACCUUAAGAUAAAAACCCACAAGUUUUUCAUUUAUAAAUGUGUGAACCUCUUUAUUUCCAACAAUUCUUCUGUCCUCCUUUGUCAGAUUGUUCUUUCAAUAGACUUUUAAAUUGAGCUUUAAAGAGGCUUUGGUUGUUCACUAAAACAUUUAUUGAGAUUAAUUCAAAAAAGUCUCUCCCGGAAAUGUUAACUGCAUCAUUUCCAACACCUACUUCUUUUUAACCAGUGGAACUGAAAGGUGCUCAAAAAAGCAGACUUCUCAUAAGUUUUCAAAACUGCAACAUUCAGCUGUAGAUGUGAAUAGAAAUCAGUGAAAAUUAUGAAUUGAUCAUCAAUUGCUUGAUUGCACAGUUGCACAAUUUCCAUGCUCUGAGAGGACACAACAUUGUGUUAUGGAGCUAAGUUGCUAAGGAGUGAGUCAUCUAGCAUCCUUGCUGUCACCACUCUUGCAUCUGCAUACAGUGGAAAAACAAAUGAUGGCAAGGUUACCGUUAAUGAAUUCCUGAAAAGGAAAAGAGAAGGGCUUCUUUUGUUGGAGCUGUUGGUUGAAAUCAGUAAAAUUUCGUGGCAGACCUGACCCUCUCUGGAGUGGAUAAUAGCCAAGCCCGAGCUUCCAUUGUGGUUCCCCAGCUGGUUUCUUAACUAAGGGAGAAAGCUAGCCUGUGUCCCCUGUAGCCAAAACACUUACUUUUGACAAGUACCUCAUGAAAGUGCACUUUAGUCAAGGGGUGUCCUCCUGGUACAACUUUUUUACUUCCAAUAUGACAUCGAAAUUGUAGCCUUCAGUAUUGGCUGAUACUGAUUUUGAUCCGAUAUUGGCACAAACUGGUGCAUGACAAUUUUUGCACUUAGCUACAACGUCUUUUUUGGACUUUAACGAAAAAUAUUGCCACACAGCCGACAUCACUCGUACUCGUUGCUACUUUGUUUGUACCUACUACACACUGUUGUUGUGAUCUUGUGGGCUCUGUAUGCUGGAUUUGGGCACCGCUAGGUGCUGGAGUGGAGUCUGGAAUGGACUGCUUGUAUCAGAGUGCUGAUAUUGGAGAUUUUAGAUGCAGGCCGAUAUAAUCCAAUAUUUGUUUUUUGGGUGAUAUCGGACCGAUAUCCAAUAUCAAUAUCGUAUCGGAACAGCCCUACUUCAGCCCCCUUAGUAGUGAUGCAAACUCAUCAUAAUAGCAGAAAAAUCAGUCAUACAUCAAAACGAGUUGUGUCCAAAACCAAGAUAAAAUGUCGUAUUGAAUUAAAGUCUCUCAUAGCAUGUUUUGUGUUGACAAUUGUAAUGCUAUAUUAAAAAGCUGAAGCUGUAAAGUAAGUGUGCAGCUCAUUUCCUGAAUGUCAGCUUAUCAUUAAAAACAGUUCCUUUAUAAAAACUUGUUGUGGUCGACUUUCCUACAGGUUUGUAAAUUGCACAUCAUCUGAAAUGAAAUGGGUUCUACCUCAGCCAAUGCUCACACACUACCCAGUUUUCGAAAUCUCCAUAAUCCCUUCCUGAAAAGAUUACUUCCCUGGCAUAGCUCUAAACUUCCCAAAUGUCCUGUAAUUGUCUCAUGAUGGACUCCCAUUAUGUGCCAAAGACGAUGAUUGGCUUGGUAAUCUAUGCCCGUGUGGAUUUAGCUGACCAUCUGGCAUCCACACCAAACGGAGUGGCAGAAUUGUUGUUGUUGAUUCGAGUACAUUGGUAGACAUGUGUGUCAUAUAUUUGUCGCUUGCAUCAUGGUGUUGUCAUAGAAUUACCAUGUUGUUGUGUUUUUUUCUUUCUGGUUGUUGGGUUUGCUGUCAGAGAAUUUGUCAGGCCAGGGUUCAGACUUGUCCUGGCUCUCAGUCUGUCUUGUCAGAUUAGAUUAAUUCUGUCACUCAGUCUCUUUCAGUUUUCUGUGUUGAGUUGUGGUUUGUCCACCUGUUCCCCUGCGUUUGUGUGCAAGCAUUUGUUUCCUUCUAUCCAUUCAUGAGAUUUCAUCGAUAAAUGACCUUGUGGGAAUCAUUGAACAUGGAGUGUGACCAGAGAGUGAAAAGAAUUAUCUCCUGUGUCCUUUCCUAGCAUAAUAUGUCCUUGAUAUAGAAAGAAACGGAGAAGGCUCAAGAAAACACAGGAGGAAAAGUGGAAAAGGAAAAUAUAAGAAAAUUAAACCUCAGUGUGAAAAGAAUUCAACAGAUUUUACACAAACAGCUCACUUUCACUUUGAUAUGAUCCUCCCGACACAGAGCUGCAUGCUGACACUUCAAGAUACAUGAACACUCAUACUGGCUUAGCCUUACCUUUUAGUAUCACCUUGUUGUGCAUGAAUUAGAUCUGAUUACAGAGAGGUAACAUUUUCUUAAAAUAGUUUAAAAAAAAAAUCUUUUCAGGUAAGUUAAGAUACUCCAUCUUUGUAGGAUGUUUUUACCGAGGUGAGAGGCCAAGGUUGACAUCAAAUCGAGACUCCUUGUGGCAUGUCAAAUCCCAUUCUCUCUCUCCCAGUUUGUUACUCGGUCCACUUUCCUAUCCUCUCACUGAAAGCAUAAAAGUCCAAGAAUAAACUUGGAAAAGAGUAACUUCACUGUAAUUAAAACCAACCUCUUUAACUCGACUAUGGAUUAAGAAUUGUUCACUAAAACUCUCUUUUAUGGAACAGUGCCUAAUUGUUUUCUCUUUCCAGUCUAAUCAUUAAUUAUCAAUAAUUAUUUUGAUCAUUCAAAUUUUCCUCUUCUCACUUUUUCAGUCUUUUAUGAAACACUUCAAACAGCACACACACAAACAAACAAAACUCUACACUCAGAUAGUUGCCUUAAUACAAGAGUGCAAAACACCAAAGGAACAUUAUCUUUAAUGAUAAGGAGAGGAGAUUCGUGAACCACACACAAAAAUAUCUGUAAUUGGACUCCACUAUUGGUGUGAAAGAUGCAACACAAAAGAAAGUUUUAAGAAGUGUAAUUAAUUGUUGUUAAAUUAAAGAUUUUUUUUUUAUGUAAAGUGCGAAAGUUUCAUUGUUGCAUCAGUGACACAUUGCUGGAGGAUUCAUCUUCUUUCUGUAUGUGAAGAUUUUGAACUUUGAGGUUAGGGGUAAUGUGUAAAGGUCAGGGUUUCUACACAGUUGGAAUUUCCAUACUUUUCCAUACCCUACUUUUUAAAAAUAUUUUUAGAAAUACCUACUUUUCUAUUUUAGAAAAAAGUAUCUAAGAACUGUGGUAAUAGUCUGUAAACAAAUAUUUUUCCAUACUUUUAUUUUUCAUUUUCCAUACUUUUGAAGACCUGGAAAUUGAUUUUAAAAAAUAUAUAUUUCCAUACUUUUUUAAACUUUCCAUACUUGCAUAGGAACCCUGAAUGGUUAUUCGGAUUAGAAUCCCCACAGGGUGAGUAAGACUCUGAUGUAAAGUGAAGUGGUUUUAACUCCCAAAAAAAAAAUACGUCUCUACAAUUUUACGGUCAGUAAAGCUUUUAUUGCACUCUUAUCAGCCCUUUUGUGAGGAUGAAUUAAUAUGUCACUAAAAUGUAGUUCAUGGUAAAGGCAAAACAAUAGCUUACUUGUUUGCUAUAGUUCCCAUUGAGCUGAAUGUUUCCUUGGAUGGUAAUGGGAUUUAAGUGACUUUGUAGCAAUCAGCAUCUUUGAGAUGCAUUUACUGGCUCUGUUGUCAGUGUCUGGAUUGCAGGACAGGAUCUCACUCGAGGUCUCCUAUUAGAGGCUGCUUUUGGUAACUGUCUCUCUUCCCUUUCUAGCGUUUUUGCCACAGUGUCAACAGGCUGUGGUAAAAUGAUCCUGAAUUCCUUUGAUUUAAAAUGACGAGUGAGAUGACUUUAUCCCUGAUGUCACUGUCACUUUUGAGAACCCAUUAUCCUUGUUUUGGGUUUUGGCCAACCAGAAUCGAGUAUUGGAUAAAUGUAAGAUAUCUAUUGCAAUUUCAUACGAGCAGUAAGUGAACUAACAUGACUGUUUUUGAAAAGUCCACCAUGUGGGUAAGGCUGCCCCCAAUGAAUCAAGUGUUUGUGUCAGUUAUUUAUGUUCCCUGUGUCUAAUAAAAUCAGAGUUGCAAUAAGUCCAAGAGGGAUCAAUAACAAAGCUGUCCUCCUGUAAGACUCAAACCUGAAAAUGUAUUUGUUCUAAACCACAAUCCCAUCAGUCUCCUGAGUGUUUAUUGUUCACUCUGACAGGAAAAUAAUCUGAGCUCUGUGCUUUAUGACAAACCUACAGCCUGCUUUGAAAGAGAAAAUGUGCUCAGCUUGUUGGAGGGACAUGAAGGCACUUAAACUGACUCAUAUGCACAAAGAAGACAAAUAGGACUGAUGUCGAUUAUUAAAACCAUUUCAGAAAGACAAGGGUUUAUUUAUCUGCAAGGAUCAAAACCUGCUGUUAAACUUCAACCUUGUUCUCUUCUUUUUUUCCUGAUUGUCAAGAAGACAAAAGCACCAUGUAAGACGGAUGUCAGAGCAAGGUUAGGAAGUGAUGAAACGGUGGAAAACAGCUUAAAAGUGUGGGGAAAAAACACACUCCUGAGGGCUUUGGCUUUGAAGGAAGAGGUCUAAUAUGUUAGUGAGGUAAAUGGUGUUAGUGUAGCAGCUCCUACAGAGGCUAAGCUGCUGCUAAAGAGCUGUGAUGCAUACAAAGAGACUUCACAGGAGAAGCAGCAGGUCAAAUCUGUCGUAUGUAUGCUGAAAAUGUCUCUGUUUCUCAUCCAUCUUCUCUUACAGGUACUUUGACUCAGUGGACAUCUGUAAGAUCCACUCAGACUGGCAGGAAGUGAGGCUGCAGGGCUGCUUCCCCAGCAAGGCGAGUGGGCCGGUUACCGUCACAGCCCUGACUGUGCUGGAGAGGACGGCUUUGGAGUUUGCUCUAUUUCAGGAGGGAAGCAGGUAAAUAAGAAACCAACUUACUUAUUUUUUUACGUGUUUUUAUUCAAUAUACACCAUUCAAAGACAUUUCUGAAUUUCAGUGCACAUAAAAUAUUAAAUCCUCACUCUCAGUAAAAUCCUAUAUCGGGGCUUGCAGUGUGUUUGAGCGCUUUACUGGAUGUUGUCAAUCAAUCUGAAUUCACAGCUUCUCAUCUUUUCCUAGUCGUAAUAUGAAACAUACUCUAAUUUUCCUAUCACUGACUGCUCACGUUUGAUUUCCUCUCUUCUCCAGGCGGUCAGACACGGCAGACAGCCACCUGCUGGACCUGUGCAUCAUGGUGUUUCGUGCCUCCUUGGGCAGUGGAAACAAGCUGACUCUGGGCCGCUUGCUGGCACACAGCAAGCGAGCGGUGAAAAAGUUUGUCGGCUGUGAUGUGAUGCUGGAGCCGGGGGAGUAUGCUGUCGUCUGCUGCGCCUUCAACCACUGGCAGAUGAAUGUUAGCGCGACGGGAGGUCCGCCCACGCCUAGUAGGUGUUCUGACACAAUGUGCAUAAUCAGGGCUUUUGUGUCCUCCUAUUAAAACUGGUUAAUUUACCCUGGAAGUUUGUUUUAUUUCAUUAUUUAUUAACCUUAUCAGUAGGGGUGGGAAUCAGCAGUGGUCCCAUUAUCACGAUACUUGGACCACGGUAUGAUAUUAUUGUGAUUUUUAACAUUUUGCAAUACAGUGAGUAUUGCAAUACAAUAUAUUGCAAUUUAUACGAUUUUUUCAACUUUUUAGCUAAUUUAGCAUGUGGCUUUCCUUUUGUUUGUCUUAUUUACGCUGUAUUUUAUUUUUAUGUAGCACAUCUUGCAAACCCUCUAUAUAUUUGUUGCUCUAACUUUCUUCUGCUCUUUGAUGUCACCUCUGCCAACCUCAGUGGACAAACAGUUAGUUUUAUUUUUCCAUUAUCAUAGCAAUUACUUAGAAAAAUCGAUCCUUGGUAAAUGAGAUGAUACGAUAUCACCAGACAAAAUAUCAUGAUACUAUGCUGUCUAGAUUUUUAUUCCACCCCUAGUUAGUCGAGACAGUAGAUGUGUCUUAAAGUUAAUGCUGUUUGGACCACUGAGCAUCAGUGAACAUUUAGGCCAGUAUUGUAAUGGCAGAGCUAAUGCGACAGAUCCUUCAUUUAGCUUUGUAGAGGCGUCUUUGCCUUUAAAGCUCCUAUAAGUGUUUUUUAGCCUGUUGUUAAAGAAACUGAAAUUAAAAUAGGUGUCUCUCCAAAUUAAUAGAUACUUUGCACUAAGUUUUACUGCCUUCUGUUAAGUCAAAUACCAAACAAUUAACAGCAAAAAAUGUCCUUUUGUAAAUCUCAGUUCACUCAAAGUUUCUCACACAAGCUUUGACGUACAAUAAUUCAAAGUUUUCGUCUAAAAGCUCCUCAGAAUUGUUUAAUGUCUUCCUCCAGUCUCAAGCCCCACCAGCGGAGCAGCACGACGGCCGAGCCAGGACUUCCCUGGCUACAUCCUCGCCAUCUACAGCUCCAGACAGGUGAUGGUGGAGCAGGUGGAGGCGACCGCCACCACGCUGGCCGACGCCAUCAUCCUCCUGACAGAAAACAAAGGCGAGAGACACGAGGUGAGAGCAAUAAACCGAGCCUGGCUUGUGUCAAAAAUCUGUUAUUGCUUCCUCACUCUACAGCUCUCUCUGCUGCAUCUGCCCUCACAUCACCCUGUCUCACACCCAGACACAAACAAACGCACGCACGCACACACACACACACACACACACACACACACACAGUUUGUUCAUCUCGGAAUAUAUUAUAUCUGCUCGUGAAGAAGGAGAACGCUUGCAGCUCUGUAAGCCACUUUGAGAUAACACUUUAGAUUUCCUCAGCGGAGUCUUGAAUCCCAUUCUGCUUUUACACAUGAGGGUGCGUGCACUGCACAUUAUCUCACCUACACACACACUGCCAGAGCCACAAAUUAUUCUGGCUCUCCUGAACAGUGCUCCAUGGAAGUGGCUGGUAUUUUAGAGGAUGAUAGAGAUUUUUAAACACUUGAGAUCAUCUGUUUUAAGUCUUUGAGCUCUCCAGGAAUCCACCGCUCCGGGUAGGUGGUCUGAGCACUCAGGAAUACACGGCUGACACCACAAAAAGAGCAGUGUUUCAACAGCGGGGUUUGAAAGACGUAUUAAUAAAUAAUUUGAGCAGUUCUGAGUUAUAAAACAGGAGCACAUGAGUGUCAUUUUUUUUUUUUUUGGUCCAUUAAGAGGAGACGGCUUUUUUUUCCUCUUUUAUUCAAGAGUCUUACCGCCGGAAACCUAUCAAUCUCCGCAGAUAGAAGCCUCAACGGACCAGAAUGCAGUGCUGCCUUUAGAUAUGCCGUAUCAGAGAAAAACCUCUUUAACCAUGGUGUACUAUCAGAAGAUACAUCACGCUCUACACCCCCAACAGUGUGUGCACAUACAAAAUUUGCUCAUAGAAUACAAAUCGGAGGAUGAACGGAAAAAUUAACAACACAAGGUGAACCCAUACAGACUGAGACACAAAUACUAAACUGUGCACAUCCGCUCCUAAACCAAGUCCACUCUCCACUUACAUGACUCACAAUGCAAAAGCAAUUGAAGGCACAUUGUGUAAUUAUAAAGGUCUUCAUUUGACAGUGCAAUUAUGUUUAAAAAUAGAAAUGACUCAAUAAGGUCUUUGAAGGACAGUAACUUGAAGUUUUUGACAGUGUCCACUUAAAGCUGCAAACCUAGCAAAGCUAAACAACUUUACAAGCAUCUUUUAGACCAGUUUGGAUGCACUUUUGAUGGGCUCUGUUUGUCUGUUUGUUGGAUUUCCAGUAUGGUGGUUGCCAUACAGUUGUAGCAUCUCCAGAAACCAUUGAAUGACGUGACAAAGACUGCAUCAUGUUUGAGGCGGUCUCAGCUAUUGGAUCCAGAUGGGCACUCACAAAACUGCAGAUUUUGUACCGAGUAAUGGCUCAAUUCAAAAAUCAUAUUGUAAAUAAAAGUAUGACAACUGCCACACACAAGAGACCGAAUUAUAUUAGCUAUGCCUCUUUUAUUACAACCUGAUCCUUACUUUAAACUCAUCUGGUGCCCCCCUGUGGACAAAGCAGGACCUCCACCUCUUUGAUGACUCACUGACACAAAAAACAGUGUUUCUGAUGGAAACCUCAUCCUGCUGUGUUUAAACAGUCAAACUAAUCACUCUGUGAAAGUCUGCCAUAGAAGACACAUGUAAAGGCUUUUUUGGCAAUGUAAACUGAAAUGUUAUGUCUGACACCAAUCCUGUUGCAGAGGUUCAAAAUGCGAAAAAUCAGUGCUGAGACAUCGUCAGUUUUAGAAAUGGUGCUCUGGUUUGUGUUCGUAAGUCGUGUUGAGGCACCAAUGUUUAUUUCUGUUGGUUUCAUAAACAGUAAAAAAAACUCUUUACAUGAGCUUAAAUAUUCAUGACAGACAGAAUCACAAACAGAAUAUUCCUUAGAUUCAUCAGCAGCUGUAAUCAUCAAAAAUACAAACUUUACUUUGUUCAUGAAUCAAAAUGAAGGAACGCUGUGACUUUUUUUUUCUUACACCUUUCUUUUCUUUUCAGUGUUUACUCAGCGAUGUCACACCAUCACAAACAAACCGUCUUCACAGAAAUCUUCAAUAAAGAGGUCCUGACUCACCUCUCGUUUAUUGCUUGUUUGUGUGUGUGCUCCCAGGGGCGUGAGGGCAUGACAUGCUACUACCUGACCCAUGGCUGGGCGGGGCUCAUCGUGGUGGUGGAGAACCGCCACCCCAAAUACUACCUCCACGUCUCCUGCGACUGCACUGACAGCUUCAACGUGGUGUCCACACGGGGAAGCCUGAAGACCAUCGACAGUGUGCCUCCUUUGCACAGGUACACACACACACUUAAAUACACAUGCACCUUAUUCUCUGUACAAAUGCUCUUUCUCUUUUGAAAUGCUUCAGAAACAUUCAGUUCAGAUUCUACCUGCACUCAUAUUAUAUUAUAUACACUAUAUUUCUUGUGAAUCUAGUCUCAGUAUAACUGUAGCUUCCAUUGUCUCUGUUGGUCCACCUUUUUACCGCACAUCUGAGUAGAUGCUUUGAAGAGCUUAAAAAUACUGCAGGUUCUUCGCCUCAGAGCACAGUGCAGCUGUCCACAGAUCAUUAAGUUUUCUGAAUUUUGGAUCUUCGGACACCCUCUGUUUCCCAUAUAGAGGCUUUUUUUUCAGCCCAUCUUUUUGUGAAUUUACUGCGUUUUCCCUCAGUUUUGUCUCACGCAAGGAGAAACCGUAAAAAUUCACAAAGCUUUAUUCUCUCCCAUCGUAUAAGCAUAUUAUACUAGUUCACCCUCUUAAAAUAAACUCAGUGCUGUUUUAUGUUCCAAUGUUUUUGAUAGCUUUUAUUUAGUGAGGUCUUAGGUAAUAGGAUUUAAGUAAUUGAAUGCUUAGGACUGUAAAAGCGUGAUUACUUUUACUUAUUUGUGAAUUUCUGUCACAAUUUUUUGCCAGAUCUUGUUCCAAAACAGACUAAAUCAGAAAACAGGCUAUAAAAGAGAGCUGAGUAAUCACCUUUUCUUCUGUAAAUCCCAGAUUUAACUUUACUAAUUCACUAAGAAACAUAUUCAGGAUCAGUGAACGAGACUGUAAGAAACUUUAUGAGGAAAAGAGGAAGACAGAAAGUCACUUAUUUUUUUCAUUCCUUCCCUCUCAGAACAGAAACAGCAGUUCUUUUACAGCAUGUUUCACACACAGCCACUCACCUGCUUUGUAUUUUCAAAGAUGAAAAUGAAGAUAAUACAAUAAGAUGAGAGAAAUGAAGUACAAAUGUCAUCAUAAGAGGAUAACUAACAUGAUUGAAGCAGUUCCUUUUGAACCCUUGAUAUGUCUAAGCUACAGAGACAAGACAGCGAGGACUUAAUAUGAGGAGGGGAGAAAUAAAUAAGCGCUGGAAAAAUAAUUAGAAGAAGAAGAAUUGGUGUUCAUAUUACAGCUAUAUCACCACACAGAUUCCUGUGACACAAAAUGAUUAUCACGCUGAGAUGCAGGUGCAGCUCUUUGUUGGGGAUGCAGCUUUCAGGCUCGUCCAUGAGGAUCUUGGUCUCAGAUAUAGUGGUCUUUGAUUUUUGAUCUGAAGAACUCAGUGUAUUAAUUUGAUAGUCUGUACAUGACCACGGAUAGUGUUGUCCUCAGCUUGGAGUGUGUGAUCUUGAUUUCUUCCUGGUGCACACAUUAGCUAUCUCUGUUUUCUGUGUGUGGCGACAGUUCUCAUCACAGCAGUCCCUGGUUAAAUCCCCAGCCAUGACCUCUUGCUGCACGCCCUCUAUAUCCACAUUUCAACAUAUUUCUGUGUCGUGUUUUUUGUGGCGCUCAACCUUAACUGAACUCCUAGAGGCUUACAACUGAUGACAGCUGCUCCUCCUGACUACUUCAAUGCUCUCUGUCUCCCCCUGCAGGCAGGUGUUGGUGGUGCUCUCCCAGCUGGAAGGAAACGCCGGCUUCUCCAUCACCCACCGCCUGGCUCACCGUAAGGCAGCCCAGGCCUCUCUGGGGGACUGGACCCCCACAAAGGCCACACACAGCCCCCAGCUGACUCCGGACAUUGACGGCCUGCACCGACCCCGGCCGCUAUGA